CAACAGAGGAAAGUCAAGUUACUUCAUGUGACUCUAAACUGGGUGUAUGUGAUGACCCUUUGAGAGGGAUAGCAAAAGAAUGUCUCGAGACAGGAAACAAAGAAUUCAGACAUGGAGAAAUUAAUAACGCGAUUAACUCCUACACUGAGGGACUUCAAGUCAACUGCAAAGAUAAACGGUUAAACGCCAAGCUUUAUAGCAAUAGGGCGGCAGCUCAUUUUCAUUCGGGAAACCACCAGGAGUGUCUUGAUGAUGCAACAACUGCUGUUCAAUUGGGACCUACUUUAAUCAAAGCUAUCAAGAAAG